CAUCUUCUGACGAAGAUUGGCCAAAACAGAAGAGGAAAGAAAACCGAAGAAACAAAGUAAAUAUCAAAAUGGAUCUGCAGCAGCUGGAGGAAGAGGCGCGCCAGGCGGCGCUCAAGGACAUUCAGAACAUGCUGCAGCGGCCGGGCCAGCUGGAGAAGGUAGAGCAGUACCGCCACCGCAUCGCCCGCAAAAAAGCCUCCGUUGAGGCACUGCUUAAGACCGGAAUGCAAAACCAACUGGACGGCGUCCGAGUGGGUCUCAAACAGCUGGAAACGUGCAUGCAGGAUGUGCGUGAGGUGAGACGACGGAUGAACGAGGUGGAGCGCCUGCUGAAGGGCGUGCCAGAGGUGUACGACGCCCUGGAGGUCGUGCGGGAAGAGAACACGAAACACUCGCAGUACGCCACCGCCAUGGAGAACCUGAAGCAUAUCUUCAACGUGGACGCCAGCGUGCAGAAGACGAUGGCCCUGAUCGAGGACGACAAGCUACUCAAUGCCCACCAGUGCCUGGCCGAUCUUGAGAAUUCGCGGGAUGACCUUCUAUACGAACUGCACAAGCAGCCGAAGCAGCACGCCUCCGACAAGAUCACGUUAAAGCGCCACUUUGAGAAGGUGGACACCGUGUCCCGGGAGCUGGAGAAAAAGCUACGCAUCAACAUCAGCCGGACGCUGAACAUCCUGCGCAAAAAGCCGACGAUUAUCGUCACCGCUCUCCGCAUCAUUGAGCGAGAGGAAAAGAACGACCAGUUCGCACUACAGCAGCAGAAGGUGACUGGUUUCCUGCCCCCGGGAAGGCCGAAAGCAUGGCGCCGCAUGAUUAUGGACGUGCUGCAGCAGUCGGUGGUCACACGCAUCGAGGGUUCUAAGCUGGAGGAGCGGGCAGACAACAAGAUGUGGCUAGUCCGCGAUCUGGAGAUUCUGCGCCAGAUCAUACUCGAGGACCUUCGCGUGGUCAAGUCGCUGUGCGUUCCCUGCUUCCCACCUCACUAUGACAUAUUUGGGGAGUACGUCAAGUUCUACCACGAGGGACUAUCCAGUUAUCUGGACAACAUUGUGCGCUCAGGGCUGGAGGGCAAUGAAUACGUUUCUAUGCUGGCUUGGGUCACGCAUACAUAUCCAGGCGUCGAGCUGAUGGCUCACCCUGAUCUCAAUGUGGAUGUGCAUCGGUUAAUCGGACCUCUCCUGCGACCGGAACAUCUCAAGGCGCUGGAGGAUGAGUACCUGCAGAAUAUGCAGCGCAACUACCAGGAAUGGAUGACCAAGGCUGCUGAAACGGAAAAACAGGAGUGGUUCUCUGAGAUGGUGCCCGAUCAGGACGAGCACUACUACCACACAUCGGCGCCAGUUAUUAUCUUCCAAAUGAUUGAUCAGCAUCUGCAGGUGACCAACACUAUUCACCAGGAGUUGACAUUCAAGGCGCUUGUGAUGAGCAUCCAGCAAGUGGAGAUUUUUGGCCAGACGUAUCUGAAAAACGUGAUUGAGCUGAAGGAACACCACUUCCGCAACCGCGACCAGAUCAAGUACUUCACUCACUACAUUAUCACCAUCGUGAACAACAGCCAACAAAUGGUGGAGCUGGCGCAGCAGAUGAAGCAGCUGUACUGGCCCAAGUCGCGCACAGAGCACUACGAGGACUUUGAGCGCCUUCUGGUGACUUUCCAACGGAUUCGGGCGCAUGCCGCUAGCUACUUGCUGGAGGAGGCCUUCCUGGACAUGGAGUGCCAUUUCAACGACCUUUUCACCGCCAAAUGGCUGGCCAGUAACAUUGCCGUGGACACCAUCUGCGUGACGCUGGACGACUACUUCCAAGACUAUAACCACCUUCGGCCCAAUAAUUUCGAGAUGGUGAUCAACGAGGCUCAGAAACUUCUUGCCAAGCGCUACAUACGAGCGCUGCUAUCAAAGCGUCUGUCAAAGCCGCGCACCGAGUGCGACGCCAUCACCCGGAAAAUCAAGGCGGAGGCCAAACGUUUUAAGCUAUUCUUUGAAAAGAUCGCCCCUAAGAUCUCUCUGAGUGAUUCCCCGCUCGACCUUAUCUCCAUUCUGUCGGCACUGCUCAGCUCAGAUAUUGAGUUGCUGGUCCUGGACCUGCACACAUUGCUGGGCAGCUAUCCAUCCUUAAACGAGGACCAUUUGGUGCGCCUUUUCUACAUCCGAAAUGACGUAAAAGCAGCCGAAGUGCGCGAAAAGGUACAGGAUGCCAUGAAGUCCAAGAAGGCGAGUAUUGUCAGUAUUGCCAAACAGGAUUGCAUCUUCAAAGAGAUCGUGUUUAGCGACAAACUGUGGUAGACAACGCUGCUUAACCACUCACCUCCGUUCCCCAUGAUCCAUUAUGUGCAGUAUCUACUCUUAAGCUGGGAUUGUAAAAUAUAUAUAAAGUGCUUUAUCAAUGAUUAAAU